AUGACCAGUCCUCGUACGACUACUGGGGAUCUCCAGACAGGCGGAUAUGCUUCAAGGCGCGAGUCAUCUAGCGUUAUCUGCCAAUCCUUCCGUGAUUAUGGACACUGUGAAUUGGGAAAAGACUGUCCAAAGCAACACAUCCUCCUCGUCGCGAGUGGAAAGGCAGUGUCUGCGUCCCCCCAUAACAGGGAUGAAAACGACGGUGCUUCUGAGCCCAUCCCUCCCUUACCCGUCUCCUCCACGCCUCGAGUCGACGUCACUCAGAUUGCGGCGAUCAAGGCGAUCUCUGAUGCAGCAGCCCAUCAUGGGCCAAGAUCCAACGUCGAUGUUCGCAAGAACCCCUGCUUUCGUUGGGAGAAGGGCAGCUGCCUUAGAGGCGACCAAUGUCGCUAUCGACAUGACCCAGAGUUCACUGGGCUGAAUACCCAGGGGACGGCAGAAAAGAAGGCGGACGCGAAGGUAUGGUCAGAGGAAGACCAGAAGAAGUUUGAGCAAACAGCAUUGAAUGUGCGAGAAAAGCUGCGAGCGCUCGCUAGUAGAGGAAAGGAUCCCAACCGUGACGUUGGUCCAUCGACACCAGGAACUUCUCGUGAAGAGACUCAUAUGGUGGGGUACAGGGAGCCGAUAACACCGACGGAUCUACGGAAACUGAGUGCCGCUGCUCGAAAGCGACAUGUGAAGGCGUCAAAAGAGGAGAAGGGGGGAAUACUGUCUCUACUAGUCCGCGACGUGGAGGCCACGGGGUUAGUGCAAGUGGCUGCUCCGAAGAGGCAGAGGGAGGAGGUCGAGCUUCAAACAGAGCUCGACCGUGUUAAGCAGGAGAUGAUGGCGGAACUGGAAUUCCGCCAAGCAAUCGAGGAGUCUGAAAAGUUACUGAUUGCGAAAGCGGUGGGAACGAAGCGACAACGAGACCAGGAGGAGAAAAAGACACGGAGGAGAAAGGAAGAAGAGCGGGAGAGGGCAAGGAAAGCAAUCGAGGAGGCAGCGAAGAGGAGACGGGAAGAAGAGGAGAGAAUUGCCGAAGAGAAACGAAUGAAGGAGAAAGAACUAGAGGAGCAGCGUAAACGAGCACUCGAGGAACACCAGAAGCGUGAAGCUGAAUCGACACUUUCUCGCGUCGUUGCAGGCUCUAAUUUGGUGACAUUCUCCGCAGGCCUUCAGAUCAUGGAAGUCAUUCCAGGGUUCGAGCUUUGCACCGUCACACUCCACGACCUUCCACCCGACACUAAGGAAGAAGAGAUUGUUCGAAUAUUCACGGAGCACUUGGGAAUCGACAAUCUCACCUUCCACCUCGCUUCCUUGAAACCUAUUCCCGGUCAGAAAAAGGUGGCGACCCUCUUCCUUCGUUCUGAACAGGCCAGUCUCCUCCCCUUUGCGUUUGAAGACAUCGAGCUCCGCGAGCACCCUAUCAGAGUGGAAGUUGGAGCGAAUGCAACAUGGGGACGCAUGAACGCCUAUUCCAAUGCGACCACGAUCACGACCCUCACCAUCGCUUGGAAUCUUCCAUCGCUCACCAUGAUCGCUACUUGCUCUUCAAUGGAAGAAGCCCAGCUAAAGGUCCACGAGAUCAACGCCAAACCACCUCUUCUCGGAACUCGGAAGGUUCGAGCCGCAAUGAACCGGCAGCCCGCCGGUCAUGCAGCUAGGUACUGGACUCCAGCUUCGAUUAAACUCACCAAUAUUCCUUGCCAGUUGUCGACGAGCGACAUCGCAGAGUUUACCGGUAUCCCCUCGAUCCGACAGAUCAAGUCCCCCACCUACGAUCUGGAGUCGGAGAAGCAGCGGCUGGAAGCUCGCCUAGCGGCGUACCAACCUGUGAAGGACUCGUUCGAGACGAGUGAAAAUCCCAAUGGACUACAAGCAAAGAUCAAAUUUGAGUCAUACGAAGACGCCGAGAAAGUUUACGACGCAAUUCAACAAGGUCACUUUGGUUCUUUCCCGCACUUUCGACCCUCCCUCCCCAAACGACACGAGUACUCGAUCACCAUUCCCGUUGCCCAAUACGAGGCGCAAAGGAGCCGUUGGGACGAAUUGGCGGACAGUAACGGCGAUAAGAAGAAGGCCUUUGUGACGGUGAAAACAGUUGCAAAUGGUGCUCGCAUGGUCGUCAAAGUCCUGGGAUCGGAUCAGGAGGAGGUCGGGGUGCUGAAGGUUCGAGUCGAAGCAUUGGUCGCUGGCCAGCGACUCGACUCGAACCAUUGGCACAGUUCGUUCUUCUCCUCCGAUGGCUCCAAGUUCUUGGAGAGGGUGAAUGCGGAUACGAAGGCUUACAUCGUCCUUGACCCCAAGCUCCAUGCGUUGCGUGCGUACGGAGAUGAUGCGUCCCUGACGCUGGCGAGGGGGUUGAUUAGCGGGGAGGUUGAGAGGCUCAAUGCGUCGGAGUGGUCGGAGAAGCUACCGCGUCGCGCUGUGGGCUUCUUCAUGCGAGAAGGGUUGAAGGUUUUGAAGGACAACAUCGGGGAGGAGAAUGCAACACUGGACUUGGCUACCGGCACGGUGAAGAUCAAGGGCGGAGAUAACGAUCGUCAGCUUCUUCGGAAGCUCAUCAGGGAAGCUACGCUGUCCGGCGGUGGUGCCCAAUCUCCCGUAUCCGACAACGAGAAGCUGUGCCCGAUCUGUUACAAUGCCGCCUCCGCCCAACCUUUCAUCUGUGGCCAUUCCUACUGUCACGGGUGUCUCCAGCAUUACCUCGUUUCCGCUCUAAAUUCGGACAAGUUCCCUCUCGUUUGCAUGGGGGACGAAGACACUUGCAAAACACCCAUCCCCAUUCCUGUUAUCUUGCGCAACCUCCCACGAGAGUCCUUCAACCGAUUGGUGGAGGUCGCAUUCCAGUCCUACAUCCAUCAGCAUCCUCUGGAGUACAAGUACUGCCCCACCCCAGAUUGUACCCAGAUUUACCGACAGCAGGGCGAAGGGACCACCCCGACCCAUCAGUGUCCAUCGUGCUUCGUCAAGAUCUGCGGGACCUGCAACGAAGGGGCGCACGAUGGGAUGAAUUGCGAAGAAGCUCGCGUUCACCGAGACCCCAAGCUCCAAGAACAGUUGAACGACGAAUGGUUGAGAGAUAACGGAGUCAAGAAGUGUCCUGGUUGCGGCGCGCUCGUUUUCAAAGAGAGUGGCUGCAACCAUAUGACGUGUUCGAAAGUCACCGCGGUUUGA